AUGCCCAAAUACACUUACAACUUACAGCCCGCUGGUGGUCACAAGUGGCAAAAAGAGGUUGAUGCAUUAUGGAUAAGGCUGGAAUGCUGCUCAGACAUGGCCUGGCUGUGCCUUCCUGUUAUUGCAGUGUCUCAGAAGGUGUUGGAGGAUGACCCACCUGCCAGCCACAGUGUCACGCAUAGUCUGGUGGCAGCAUAUGACUUUACUCUUCCAGUUAAUACUCCUUGGGCUGACUUCGCGUUGGCACAGCCAAGCCCUGUGUCUGCAACUUCUGUUGAAUCUGUAAAGCACAUCAUUACUCCGCGUCCACAGGCUGUGACUGUGGCUGUUCCACUCUGUAGAGUUAAAGCAGUUGUACUUAAAUCACCAUUGGAGUUCUCCUCAACGGAACUUAAAUUUGCACAACAUUCAAGUGACAUACAUUUCAAUAUUGCUGAUGAAAGUCUGAAUUCUCAGAAGCUUGACCUGAAGAAUAUCUCAAGGCAGCAGUUGACAUGGAAAUUGAAUUGUGAUGAUGCAGGAAAAAAUACAGAAGACAGUAUUUUUAAAUUUAGUCUGCAGGCUGGAUUCCUUGAUCCAGGACAAAAAAUCAGUAUUGCUGUAUUCUUCUGCCCUUCUUCUCCUGGGACAUACGCAUCUGAAAUGUCAGUGUGUCUAAAUGAUAAUCCAUCUCAUUACAAAAUAACAUUGUCUGGCACUGUGAAGUCACCAAAAAUAAAUUUUGAUCCCCCCUUUUUAAUGCUGAUGCCAGUUCCUCUGGAUGUGAAAACUGAAACAGCCAUCAGUAUCAUUCCGCAAGAUUAUUUAAGGCAAUCACAAAUUCGAGUUGAACUUCCAGAGCUUGAACUUGAAGAUGGUGAUAGGAUUUACCCUUUUUCUGUACAGUUCCCAGAAGGACAAGAUAUUGUUCUUUCAUCAGAUGGCACAAAUAAGGAACUCAUUUGUCAUAUCAGCUUCAAAUCAUCUAGGCCAGUGUCAUUUUUAGGGAAUAUGUUCUUCACUGAUGAAGAAGAAAACAGGUUUUCAAUUCAAGUUGCUGCAACAGCAGAGAAUUGCCUUCUUACUUUAUACCCAUAUUUGGCAUUUCACGGCUCUGAUCAACAAGUUAUCUUGAGAAGCAACUCAGAUACUACUUUUGAAAGUGAGAGUGAUGAAAAGACGAGUGAAGAAAGUGAAGCUGAUAGUCAAAGUGAUGGGAGAGAAAAUAAAUAUGAAUUAUCAUUUUUUCCUGAUGAAGAUAAAAAGGAGUACAACUUCUUUCAGAAAACCCUAACUGCUGUUAAGAAUUGGUUCACUCUCUUUGGUUGGUCUAAAGGACAAAAUCCCAUUUCAAUACCAUAUUCACUAAGACGUGAUGUGUGUAAAGUCCAGAUGACCUCUUCGCAAGAAAAAGUUUUUAAAGAAAACCUUGGCAAAGAUACUAAGACUGUUUAUGACAUGUUAUUCCAUCUGAGUGGACAGUUGUUACCAGGCAUUACAUUGAGCCAGUCAUUGCCCCUUGAUCCAGUUGAACGAACUUUACAGCUCCACUGGCAACAUUCUACAUUGCUUGCCUUCCUUAAAAGCCAAGGAGCAUAUCUUCCUCAUAUUAUGCCAGAAUUUCUGCUUGAACCUGAUGAUUAUAAGAAAUGGAUUAAAGUGCAAACUGUACCUACAAAGGGUCACACGGCUGAGUUGAAAAAACGAGAUGUGAAAAACUCAGACUUAUUUAGUGACAAGCAUCUAUUCAUUAUGGAGGACAGCAUAUUUGAGACAAUGAGCAAACGAGCUUGGACAGAUGUGCUACUGCAGGUAUACAAGGUGUUUGUUCUUCCACGUGUUUCUUCACGUAAUAUCACUGAUCUGUUCAGCUUCGAAAGUGUGCAGAGCAUGCCAAGAAUAAAAUCAGAACCUUUAUCCAGUAAUAUAUAUUCUCCAUAUGAACGAACCAUCCUCAACUGGUUGAAUAAACAUUAUGAGAAGAAUCGAAAAACAGUGUGGAAAGAUUGUCAAAAAGGUGAAGUACCACCAAUGAGAUGGAUAGUGAAUUUUGACCGAGAUCUUCUAGAUGGUCUGGUAUUGGCAGCACAGCUGGCAGCUUAUUGUCCUUAUUUGAUUGCUACUCACUUUGUAAGGAUGUAUACUAAUCCAAGAACUCCUGAACAGUUUCUGCACAACAAUUUGAUACUUGUGAAUGCUAUGCAUGCUGUCAGUCUGGCUAUAGGCAUAAAGGCCACUGAUAUCUGUGAUCCCAACCCAGUCAUGCUGCUUAUUCUGUGUGUCUACCUAUAUGAAAGUCUCCCUCACUACUUACCAAAGAAGACUAUAGAAUUUACAGGUGCUCUCCAUGCAACUGUUGUUAAACAGGUGCGUCUGAAAAACCCAAGCAGUAAAACUUUGAUGUACAACGCUAUUCUUGUAGGAAGAGAUGCUGAUGAUUUCUCAUUACCUAAAGGAAACACUGUCACCAUUGCUCCUAAGAGACAAACAAGUAUAAAUGUGGAAUUCACUAGUCGUUUUCUGCGCCCUGCUGAAGCAGUGUUGCUACUGAUCUCAAAGACUGUGGGUGGAAUAGAUGGUGCCACACUGACAUUCUCUCUUAAAUCUGAAGUCAAGCAUAUUGAACCUGCUGAUAUAUUAAAAUUCAAAUCACCAUGUUAUGAACUGAAGAAAGUUAUCCUAAAUGUUACUAAUCCCUUCAGAAAUGAUGGCAUAUUCAGGGUCAUUUUACUGGAAUCCACAAGUUACUUAACACAGCCAGAGCAAGUAUAUCAAGCCAGGCGAGUAAAGCAAGAGCAAACGUUCAGUUCUGAAAAUAAUAUAUUAAAUUGUAAAAAGGGUGCACUGCCUGAAGAUUCAAAUGAAGAGAACAGCUUAAAUUGCUCUGACCAGUCCAGCCUCCUGCAUGAGUUCUUCAGUCCAAUGGAAAAACUGUUCUUGGAAGGGAGAAGUUCUGCAGGCUUAGACAUUCACUUUCUUCCUUUUAAUCUGGAAAAACGUUACUGCACUGUCAUUCUGGUUAAUGAACUGAUUGGAGAAUUUGUAUACCUGAUAGAGGGAACAGGUGAUGUACCUUUACCUUCAGGAUUGCUUCCAAUGGAUAGUCCAAAUGUUCUGCAUAUUAGCAGUACAUUAGAAGGUUCGAGUGCAGUAGAGCCAGUUUUAUAUUUGAAAUGUGGUUUUGCUCAGAUUCUUGAAGAAAAUCUGAGGAUUCCAUUGAUCAAUGAGUCAAGAGAGAGGGCUCUGGCCAUUGCUGCACAACAGCAGAUGUCAACUAUUGAAUAUGAAAGAAGAAAGAUCACCGGGACUCUGCAGAGCAGUAGUGUUCGAGUUGCAACUGCAUUGUUAGGGCUGUCCAGAGUAGAGAAUCUACCUAAAGAGGCACAAAUUACACCCAGCGUCUAG